AGGUUCACUUGCCACAUCUCAAGGGCUAAAAAGACUCGAAGAGUGUCCACCCUGUCCCGCUGGAUUAUACUGUGGCAGUCAUGCAAUGGCAGACAUCUUCGAAGCUCUCCCAUGUCGGGCUGGGUAUGUGUGUUUAGGCGGCAGCUCAAGUCCCACUCCGUCUGAUGGUUCCCAUGGCUACCCCUGCCCUGCCGGCCAUAGCUGUCCCGUCGGCUCAGCAAGCGAGGUGCCUUGUGAACCCGGCACUUACAGCCCCGGCCCUGGAGCAAGCCAGUGCGUGGCGUGCCUGAAGGGAACCAUGUGCCCCUCUUCAGCUACUCAAGAGCCCUCUAUCUGCCCACAUGGUCAUUUUUGCCCUGCUGGGACAGCCUUGCCGCAAGCCUGCCCUGUAGGGACUUUAAACAAUCAAACAAGUGCCCCCUCUGUUUCCGCCUGCACACCGUGUCCCCCUGGAGUUUACUGCAGCACAUACGGGGCAUCAACGCCACAAGGUCUAUGUCUGCAGGGUUACUUUUGUGAGGGUGGAGCUACAGAUCCAACACCAGAGAGCUCUGAAAGCUUCCCCAAAAAUGGCCCUUGUCCUGCUGGCCACUUCUGCCCUACAGGGUGCAUCUCCCCACUUCCAUGUCCUCUUGGCAGUAUUCGCAACAUCACUGGAGGUGUAUCCAUGGAAAGUUGCUUUGGCUGUCCUGCUGGCCACUACUGCUCUACCGAGGGUCUGACAAGCCCCAGUGGCCCAUGUGCAGCUGGUUUCUACUGUCCUUUUGACUUUUCUUCAACCACUCCAUUUGCCUUCCUCUGUCCCAAGGGCCACUUUUGUCCAGAGGGAUCUGGCCUGGCCUUGCCUUGCCCCACAGGUGCGUACCAGCCAAACCCGGGUUCGGAGAGUUGCAUCCCCUGCCGACCUGGAUUCUACUGUGAGGAGGCCAUAGUGGGAGAACCGUGGCCCUGUCCACCUCACUCAUUCUGUCCUGCAGGCACAAUGAUGCCUCGGGCCUGCCCUAAGGGGACAUACACCCAUUCAGACCAGGUCGGCCUGCAGGAUGAGAGAGAGUGUUUGCCCUGCCCUCCAGGGAAGUUCUGCAGGGCUGGUAGGAUCCAAGGCUUUUGUGCUGCAGGCUAUUUUUGUAUUUCUGGGAGCGGGGAUUUCACACCUCAGGGACUAGUUUCUACCGUCCACUUCUGCCAGUGGGGUGUGCAGUGUGCUGGACCAUGUCCACCAGGUUUUUAUUGCCCUGAGGGCACACAGCGGCCUCAAAUGUGUCCUGCAAAUACAGUCAGAAGCUCCCCGGGAGGUGUGAGCCUAGAGGACUGCCUACCCUGCCCACCUCAGUAUUGGUGUAAACCUGGAGACCCAGUCCUUCAUUUAUGUCCAGCUGGCCAUUACUGUGAUGGUCUCCCUGGCAGUGACUUCAGUGGAGGGACCGGACCCAGGUCUUGUCCUUUGUACACUUAUCAAAGCUUCCCUGGAUCUGGCAGCAAGGGUGGAUGUCUGGCCUGCCCCCCUGGUUCACACUGCAACAGCACAGGGCUUACAGACUACUCUAGCAGUCCAUGCCCACCUGGAUUCUGGUGCAGUGGGUCUGGACCCCCCGUCUUUUGCCCAGCAGGCACCAAGAGGCAGCUGCCCGGAGCUGCAGCACCCAGCCAGUGUGAACCAUGUGCAGGGGGGACUUUUUGCCCGGACCCGCGCAUAACGGGAAAGCCCAAUUUAGAAGGGAUACCCUGCAGAGCCUCAUAUCAGUGUCCCGUCGGUGCAGUUUCAGAAAAGCUGUGCAGAGCUGGUUCAUACUGUGGACCUCAGACUGCUGAACCUCCAGUCUGUCCAGAAGGUUAUUUAUGCCCUGAGGGAUCCCAUUCCUACAGAGACCCUAAACAACUAUGCCUGUUUCCCCACUAUUGUCCGGCUAACAGCUCCGCCCUGAAGUCCUGUGAAGGGGGCUCCAUGCCUGUCAACACCAGCGGUCUCAGAGGGUCCAAAAACACAGGCUGUAGAUUGUGUGAGGGGGGGACUUUUCGUACAUACCUCUCCCCAAUACUCCAAUGUCUUCCCUGUCCAGCAGGGUACUAUUGUCCCCCAGGCACAGACAACUACAAGAAUAAAUCUUGCCCUCUUGGCUACAUUUGUCCCCGGGGAUCCACUCAACCCGUGUCCUGUCCACCUGGCAGCUUUGGUAACCUUACGCAUGCUGAGAAUUUGGAGGACUGUCACCCAUGUCCAGCUAACACCUUCAACCACCUGCCUGCCCAGAAGGCCUGCUUUCCCUGUGGCAGCUCCUCCACGUCACCAGCCGGUUCCUCCUCUUGCACCUGCAUUGGUAAGAACCGAGCUUUCCACUAUUCUGAUGGAUCGUGUUUAUGCAGAACUGGUUUUAUCUUCUACAAUGAACUGGAUUUCAAAAGUUCUACAUCUGACAGCGAACUGGACUGUCAGCCUGAGGUGAAUAGACGGUGUGCCACGGGGGAAGUACGUUUGGCAGAUUCCCGGGAGUGUGUGUCACCCUCCCAGCACUUGUGCAAUAUCACCUGUGGAACACAUGGAGGAACUCUGGAUGUGGAGAUGGGCAUCUGCCAUUGCGAGCGAUAUGUGUCUGCAGAGGAGCUGUGCAAUAUGUCCUGCCUCUCCAGGCUGCCUCAGCUAUCUGCCCAGCUCACGCCAGAUGGAGAGCUCCUCUUCAGCCUGAAAGAAAGAGGCAGUGUGGUCUGGGCCAGGACGGUAACAAAUGUUUUAGGUCCAGAUAUCCAUGCACGGAUAUCUGGAAACACUCAUUUGGUCCAGUUUGGUUCUGAAGGAGUGUUUGGUUGGAUUCCCACACAAAAGGACCUGAUUAAUCAGUUUCUGUCAGAAACAGUAGAAACUGUAAACACAAAGUCCAGAAAUAAAAGAGACGCAAAGGAAAAUGGUGGCAUUCUGACCGUCCUUCCUAGAAUCCCUAAUCCUAUUGUCUGUGUGUCAACUGGUGACAUGCUCAUUUUCCAUAUCACCAUCAACCAUACUGAUCGCAGAGUCAGCCACUUCCCAAAGUACGAGAAAGACCACCUAUUCAAUAGCAACCCCAACUGGGACUUUGGUGCCUUUAGACAACUGGAGAGACUCGUGAAGCAAACACAAUUCAACUCUACAAGGUUUUCCCAUGUUUUUUCAGAGACGGGGAAGUAUGUGUUGGUGGACAAUGCUGUUCCUGAGCGGAGUAUAGUGGUAGUUGUGAGUGAGGAGGGCACAGAGUGUGACCCCAGGGCUGCUGUGUUUCAACCCAUGACCCCAGGACACUUGGUCAGGUUUGGGAUUGUCAAGCAGCACCAACUGAACCUUCUACCUGACUGGCGAGUGAUUGUUGGAAUCCUGAGUCUGCUCUUGGUUGUGGUUGUGGUUGUGACCGUCACAGUCAUAGUUGUGCAACCCGACAAAGCAAAGCUUGUCCCACAGUGGACAUCAAAGCCAAAGUGGCGCAGCCUUGGCGAGCCCUUCUGUCCGGUGGAAUAUGUUUGCAGCAAAGAAAGGUCUGUUUGUCUGCAGGAGGAUGUAUGUUGUGCAUUUCUGCCACUCAAGAAUAUGAUAAAACUGUUUCGCUCCAAGAAGGUUCCUGGUUUGAGUCCCAGCAGUGUACUUUCCGUCAUAGUGACCCAAACCCAAGACCGGGUCCUUGGCAGUAGAGGUGUAGGAGAGGGAGCUGAAGUUGAGGAGCCAGCUGUUUCAAAGGGAGGGCGCGUGUCUGAGAGCUGUGAGCUGGAGGACUUCAAUGUGAAAACUCUGUAUGACAAACUUGAGGAUCAGAACCUACACAUAGCCUCUCAGCUGGCUCGACACCGCAAAGAUAUGCAGGAAUUUUAUAGAAAUAUCUGUCAGCACACUGAAUCUUUUAAGGAUGCCAUUGCGAAUAUGGACAGUAAAAAACUGAGUCUCCUUAAAGAAAUUCUAGUCCACAGUGUGUUGAAGGAUAACCUGUCUAACGGCAGUGUGGUGGAAGAUGAUUCACAAGCGGGGACCUACAUAUCAUUGCUGGGAGCUGUUCUUAGAUCAGUGGAAGCUCUGCUGUGCAGGCUGACAGGAGAAGCGUGGCAAAGCCUGGAUUUACCUGGGGUCCCAUACUGUCAUACUGGUCCUCAUGAUACCAGAGACUGUGAGCCCCAAGCUGGAUACAUGCACCCAAGUGACACUAACAUGUGUUUCACACAGUUUUCAUCAUUGACUAUGACCAAACCAGAAGCUCUGUCUCAUGAGAUGGACCAUGUACAGCACAUAGCUCCAUGUGUCAGUGAUGAUGACCUCUCCAAGCUGGUCAUGAUGUCUCCUCUAUACAAGACCCUGCAGGACCUUCAGCAGUCCCUACAAGACCUCGCCACAGAAGAGCCACGUCAGGAGCUCCACGAUGCAGCCACAGUGCAUUCUGUUCGUGGGAACUGUGACGGACUAAUCCCAACCGCGCUGGACAGCCUUUCACCACCACACUCAGCCAUUUUCCUGUUUGGUUGUCAGGUGAUGCAGUUACUUGCAAACUGCCCCAUGUUCCCCUCCGUACUCCUGCUCCUGGCCAAGUCAUUCCCCCGUUCCUCAUCUCCUUCUAAUGAGUGUCUGCUGCCGCAUUGCUCCGGGGAUUUUUUUUUUGAUGCAACCAAUCAAAUCCUUUAUCUGUCAGAGGCAAAGCUUCAGCAUGUGGGAAAUUUCGUUGCCGUCAUCCUGCAGUCCAUGGCCCAGAUAGCAGCAGGGUCCAAACCCCAGAUGUUUAUGCAAGCUCUUCAUGAAGCCGUUUCAGCUCUGAGCUUUCAGCUAUUCAGUCUUUCUUUCAAAUUGAAUUCAGAAGAGAUUGAUGCAUUAGACGGGCAUCACAGCCCCCUGGUCGAAAGAUUUCUUAACAUUAGAGUUCCCUCUGUAGCGAGCUUUACAAACCAACUGUUAGCCAGCAGACUUGAGAAGUAUAAAUAUUUCAAGUUGGAGCAGCUAAUCUCCAAACUCAAACAAAAUUCAACUCCAGACAUCGAGACAGGUUUCCCACCAAAAGGGACACCAGUCCAGAUAUCAUGUGUAGAGGAAGAAAUUGACCGCAUGAGUGAGCAUUUCUUGCAGCUGACAAUGCAACUACAGAGGAGAGCUCAAAUGUGCACAGAGAGCAGUGCUGGAAACCAUGAGAGAGCCACAGCAGCAGAUGUCCCAGGCUUGAGUCGUAACGGAACAAUCCUGCUGGAACUGAAAAGACGCUAUGUAUCGCAGCGCCUCAACGAGCUGCAUGUCACAUUAGGCCAAAUGAGGCAGUGCCAGCAGCACGACAGCAAGUGGAAAGACGAAACAAGGGGCUGUGCACAAAGUGAUGGCAGCACCGCUCGGCUGGGAGGAAGGGAAUAUCAUCCUGGUCUAGAUGGCUGCAGUCCCACUGACGGCCAGCGGCAAUACAGUUUUUGGGUUAGCCAGAGCCAAAACCAACAGCAUGCAGAAGGCAGAGGUCUUAUGAACUGUAAACUGGACAGUCAUAUGUCUGACCAGCAGAGGAGCAGCAUGGUCCACAGCAACAAUCCCAACACAUUACUUGACAGCCAGAGAAAGAGCCAGGAGCUUCUGCAGAGCCAUAUCCCAGAAGAUGUAAAGCUUAACAAUCAAAUCGCAAUAGACACCACAACUGACCACACAGAUAUAGAUGGCGUGUGUGUGCCUAGUGAUCAGAAAAUAGAUCUGAAUAUGGAUAAAAACUGAAAAGAUGUGUCAUGUAGCGAUCUCAUGUUUGCUUCUGUCCUUUGUCAUGUUUGGACUAAAAUAGUUUCAGGGUCAUCUCUGUACAACACAUUAAUCUCCUUUGUUUGCUGAAGAGUGAUCUGAGUGACCUCUGCCUUGCCGUACAUGAGCUUUAAAACAAUUCAGCUGUGCUCUUUUAAUUAUCUGUGAUCACAGAUGGAAAUAAUUUCUGGCAGCAAGUUGUGGUGUUACACAAUGUGUCAUCUUGUCUACAUACGUUCUCUCUCAGGUUUAGUGCAAGCUUCAUUAUCACAUUGGAAUUAAGAAAAUGGGCUCAAGCUGAAUAACAUUAAGGUGACACUUUAGUUUUCACAACAAAUUCCUCCUUGUGCAAAUAUGUUAGCCUGAAUGCUUUGAUUCAUAUUUUAUAAGAUGCUAAUAAGAAAUUCUCACCUCCUUCUGCCAAGCACGCGUUUAAUGAUUGUUUUCUGAGCUGUAAAUUCUCUGUAAUAUUUCUUUGCAGCCAAAAAAUGUGAAAGUCACCACACAACGGAAAAGCCAGGCAGAAGAGAAGUCGAUGUUGCACGACUGCUGCCUUCUUCUGGUUCAGUGGUUUAUCUGACGCAUGUGCUUCUGGGUCUUAUAAUAGAAAGUCAGUAUUCCUACAGGGGGCUGUGAGCCAAAUCAGAAGGUCAGACGGAACAAGUCUUCACUUACUAUCAGUGUUGGCUUGGAGCUACAUGCCAAGUCCACCGGCUGAAUUUGUCAUUGCCCUCUGGCUUUAUCUGUGUGCAUCUUUGGGAGUACUGUAGGGUGUUUUCAGUAUUACAAGCUCUAUCAAUUAGAUUAUCUGCUUAGCUACUGAGCUUGCUUGUGUGUCCACCUCACAGCAGGACGUGGAGUCAUAUAA